AUGAUUGUCAUGAGCACUGCAGCGCUGGCUGCCAGCAUGCUCAUCCGGGCCUCUGCAGCGGAGAAGUUGACAACGUUCCGCUAUCAAAUGGUCAAGAAUUAUUCUGGACCAUCCUUCUAUCAGAACUUUGACUUCUUUUCCGAGACAGACCCCUCCAACAGCUUUGCCAAAUACGUCGACCUGACCACGGCGAAUGACUCUGGCUUUGCAGGCUACACAGUAAGCCCGGACUGGCCUUAUCCAGUCUACCUCGGCGUUGACUACAAGACCAUCACACCCACCGGUCGACCGAGCGUCCGUCUCGAAGGCAGAGAUACCUUCAACCACUCUUUAAUCGUCGCCGACAUCCGACAUAUGCCCUACGGAUGUGGCACAUGGCCUGCGUUCUGGCUGCUAGGCCAAGGACUCAAGUGGCCAAAGGCCGGCGAGAUCGACAUUGUGGAGGGCAUCAACAACCAGUCCAACAAUACCAUGGUCCUACACGUCGACAGCGGAGUCUCUGUCGCCAAUCUGACCAGCGCUUAUAAUGGCAACACCCAGAUGGCAGGAACAAUUACCAAUCUCGACUGCAGCCUCGACAGUGCUGGGAGCACCGGUUGCGCUGCCAAGGCGUCCUGGAACAAUUAUGGCGCCGGAUACAAUGCCCAGGGAGGCGGUGUGGUCGUGACAGAGUUCACGAGCAGGGCGAUCACGAUCUGGAGCUUCCCACGCAAUAACACUCCGCAGGAUAUUCUCGACGGCAAACCCAAUCCACACCCUUUGUACAAUGGCAGUCACUGGGGUGCACCGGAGGCCAAGUUCGUGCCGAGCAUCAACAGCAGCUUCGACGAGCAUUUCUUCAACCUGAAGCCCAUCUUCAACACGGCGUUCUGCGGUCCUUGGAUUGAUGAAGGUUGGAACACAAGCGAGUGCGCUUCACUGGCCCCUACUUGCACGGAGUAUGUUGCCAACAAUCCCGCGGUUUUUGAAGGCGCGUACUGGGCUAUAGGAGGCCUCCAGGUGUACGUACCGUCUACUACCUCCAAUGUCGGGCCUGCAGGAUACAACACCACAGUGGUGCAGCCAAUAUCGUCCUACAACAAGAAGAGGCGCGGUCAGCUAACAGACUUCAAGGCAUAUUGAGUAUGCGAAGCAGAGCUGAUUUUGAUACCGGAAGGAGGUUCACCAUCUUAGGAUCAUCUGCACGUAUCCUUCCACUGCGUGUCGGGACUGAACUGGGGUGUAUCUCGGGGCAGAUAUGGUGUAUAAAUGAUCACAAAGGUGUCGUAAGGUGAUGUUUUGAACUUGAAGAAGACUGGAUUUGGAUUCUAGGUGAAGGUAGCUUCUCAAUAGUUGCGAGUUGAACAAACCAAGCCCCUUUUGAUCCCGUGCUCACGGCU